UGAGACAAAGGCCUAAGCGGCGGACAAUCCGUCCAUUCCCUGAAUGCUGCUUAACCCGGAUGAAGAGGCAGUGUUGAAACCGAAACAAAAGAGAAGGGUGGAACUUGAAAGGGGAAGAAAGAUGAGUGUGUUCGGAGGGGAUAGUUGGGGAAGAGAAGCACAAUACAGAAAGAGAAGAAUAGAUGAAGUUGUUAUAGAGGGGGUUGAUGACUCAUCUUACAAGAAGCUGUCUUCCGGCAAAUACGCUUGUCUUGUCUGCCCUCACAAUCCCAUCUUCGAUACACCUCUCAUGCUUUCUAUGCAUUGCAAAGGAUCACGUCAUCGGGCUGCAGAGUCCAAGAUGAAGGAAAAAGAACUUAUGAGACUGGAUGAAAUAAACAAGAGAAUAGCUUUGUCAAACACUCCUACUUCCUCUGUUAACUCUAGUGCUACCAAGCAAAAUGCUCAUUUAGCUAGCAAACCAUUGAUUCAAAUGGCUCAGAAGGCUGCUUCUGAGAUACUUAGUGAUAAAACGCCUAAGCACAAUUUGAGAAAUGAAAACCAUGACAUGGUGCUGAGGCAGAAUGAUAUUAAAUAUGUGACACCCGACUUUUGUCAGAGUCAGUCUUUCCCUGCAAAUGAAACAUCCAACGAGUUAUUACAGAAGCAACUGGAUUUUCAGGAACGUAGAGAGAGAGAACUCAAGUUUACAUCUGCUGGUUGGAAACGUGACGGCCAUGGUAAAUGGUACAAAGAUGAAAAUGUUGAAUUUGACUCAGAUGAAGAAGAUCCGAACUCCUCAGUUUGAAUAAAGAUUCAGUGGGAAGUAGGAACCCAUUGGAAAACCAGUGCUUAUUGAUAAUCAGUCACAUUUAUAAGUCCACUACUUGUGGACUUGGGAUGCAAAAUUGAGUGCUUGCUUUGUUACUCAAUACUCAAUAACCCUUCUCAAACCUUUUUUCUAUGCUAAUGCCUCCAUGGAGCAGCAAGAGCAAUGUACUGGAGAUAGAUAUUGAAUCAUGCUCUGCAUUUUCACAAUGCAGUUGUCUGAUGGAUCUACUCCCAAGUUCCAAGAUCCGGUGCAUUGUACUUCACUGUUGAUUGGCAGGAUGUAUUAGAGGCAAAUGAGAGGCAAACAGCUGAGUUUAAAAUUCUGAUGUAUUUGUCCCAAGGACCAUAUAAAUACCCAUGGUUUUUCCAUUUGGACACAGCAUGAUUAGAACUCUGUUCAUACUUCAUAUGGAGGGUUGGCUGAGAAUGCCAUAACUUGGAAGCAAUAUUGAGAUUUUGAGCCUAAUGAAAACUCCUAAUGAAGCACACAAAUAACCCCACAAACGACAUAUGAAAAGGUUCUGCUCUGUAUCUAUCAGAAUCUCUUUAUUUUCAUUGUUGCAAAAUGUUUAGGACCAUUUGGAAGUUUCUCUUUACGUUUGCUUGAGUGAUCAGUUAGUAGUUCUCUUUGGUUAGCGUUCACCCAUAUGAUUUGCAUUAGCUAUUUAAGAUUUGAUGGAGCUUUGAGCAUCGGAUGGAUACUGAUAUGCCAAGGACCACGGUCAAUGAGCUGUCAAGUUCAGCUUUGCAAUAGCUGUUCACUGGCCCAACAAAAGUAGUCAUUCCGAUGAAAAAUCAUUGUAUCACCCCCACCCCACUUCCAACCCUAAAUCUGGUUUGUCUUUAUCCGUUUGUUAUCAAUCAUUCCUAGCCUUGUUUUCUAACAUUGCGUUUAUCCCUUCUUUCCUUGACAGACUCUGAAAGUUCUGUUUCAUAUGUAGUUCCAAAGGUACAAACAAAACAACUAGAAUUAUAUUUAUGCCAUCUUUCUGAAUAGCAUCAGUAACCAAAUGAACAUCUCUUUACAUCUGCCUGACAUGCUUGUUUUAUACUAACUUGUGCAAAAAGAAUAAACUAAUUAAGGGUAAUCGAUGAAAUCUGAAAAGAACUGAAACUGAAAUGAAUGCAAUAAGGUGAUAGCAGUCGCAGUGAUGUGCUAAGACUAUGAUGCAUAGUUUA